AUGGGCCGGCUGACAUCCUAUUUUAUAGUUGGUGGUAAUGCGGUGUCGGCAUUUCUUUCCUGGAGACUCCAGGCCACGCAUUCCUGUGAUGUGACGCUGGUGUGGAAGUCCAGCUUCGAGACCGUCCAGCAGUACGGCAUCUCCUUUAAAUCGAAGGCAUUCGGUAACGAACGCUUCAAACCUCGACACGUUGUCCGUACGCCAGAAGAAGGUGCUGCCAUAUCGUCGUCGUUUGAUUAUGUGAUUCUUUGCGUGAAAGCUUUGCCAGAUAUCUACGAUCUCGCCGGCGUGAUCGAAUCGGUCGUUACCCCCCAACACACAUGCAUACUGGUCAAUACCACUAGCACAAUAGGUGUCGAGGCCCAUCUGGAGCAGAGAUUCCCGAAGAAUGUUGUCCUUUCCCUUGUGUCUGCAGUAGAUAUUGUCCAGACCGGUGCUAGCGAGUUUGAACACACCUCUUCAACCGACUUGUGGGUUGGCCCGGCCUCAAAAAACGCGAUGAUCCCAACUGCUAUCCAGAACGAUAUGGCUGCUGCGCUGGCAAUAACCCUCGGCACCGCUCAGGUGAAUUGCAAAGUAUCAGAAAAUAUACUCCAGCAGCAGUAUGAUCGUAUGAUUGGACCCAUUGCUUUCCACCCUAUCAGUGUACUUUUCGAAACCCCAAACCAUAGCCAGCUCCUAGAAAAGGUUGGGGUACGUCAAAUGGUUUCGGAUGUCCUUGAUGAGUUGAUCGCACUUGCAAAGUCGCAAGGAUGCACCUUUGCCGAUGACUUCAAAGAAAAAACCAUCCAGUCAAUGGUUGCCUCGACCGAUUCAAGCAUCAUGUACCAGGACUUCCAGGCCCGGCGGCCCAUGGAAAUCGAAACCUACCUUGGAGCCCCAGUCAAGAUGGCCACUGAUAAUGGCGUGAAGAUUCCUCGCAUUGAAACAUUGUACGCAAUGCUACAUCAUAUUAACAUCACCAACCAAAACCGUCAACCCGUGACCGAACCAUCUUCACCCGUAAUGUCACUUCCCCCUCGAAUAUCGUCUGCCCCUUCAAGACCGCCGGCGAACGGUGUCCCUCGUGGUGGUGGGAACUUCCGUGGUCAACCACCACCUCCACGUCGUGGCCCAUCCUCCUUGGCCAACAAUCCAAGACCACUGCCUCCUCAGGCAAAUGGCCAUGGCCCUCGUGGUCCCAAGCAGGGCCUACCUCGUGACCUGUCGUACGAAGACCCAGCUCUCGAUGAAUUCAGCCACCUUGUGCUUUAUGAAGAUGGCCAGGACGAUAACCAGUCCCAGCACGGCGGUUACAACGGCCAUAUGAACGGGGGACCAUCGCCCAGUGAGUUGGCGCUAAAGGAGCGGGAGCUAAUGCUUCGCCAACGAGAGAUUGCCAUACGGGAGCAGGAGAUGCAAAUGAGGCGUCGUGGAGGUGGCGGGAGGGCCCCGUCCACUAGAGGUGGCUUCGACGAUGACGACGAAGAAGGUUGUGACCUUCCUGACCACCGCAGCCCGUCUAUCCCUCAGAUUGAUCCAGAUAACUUUGACAUGAUGAGCGUAACCUCUCGACGAAAUAGGAAAACUCCAACCGCCCCUGCCAAGGAAUUCCGCAAGAACCCCGAAAUGAACAGCUCUCGCCCUCCGUCCGUUUUCAGCAGACAUUUUGGUGCGGGAAGACAUCGUGCUAGUUCAAGAAUAAUGGAAGAGAUACCAGGGGUACAUGAUUCACUGCUGGACAACCCUAUGAUGAGCUACUCAUCCAACCGAUACGGUAACGUCGACAGAAGAGAGAUGCACAACGAAUCCAGAGCGAAUUCGUUGACUGCCUCGAGAAUGGGCGAGAUGGGACAUGGCCCUUACCCACCAAGCAGAAGGACCAGCCAGUCCCCGGGCAAUCCUCCCCACCCAAACGGCCGGAUGGGUCGGCCAAACACAGGCCACGAAGGCGGCCAGAUGCCCGCACCAAAUGGAAUGGGACACAGUGGGAGGCCAUCACCCCCAGGGAUGAUGAAAGCUCCAGUACCAAGGCACCCGCCUGGUCAAGGUAAUGCUAUAAUGCCGCAUCAGGUCGAGCAACAUGUCGGGGUGAGCAACCAUCCGUACCCCCCCAAAGGUCCUUCAAAAGUUCGAAGUCUGACGGGCAGUGCGAGUGCCAGCGCGGAGAGUGGUGAUAGUGGUGCUAGUGCACAUAUCGACUCAGAAAAUUCAGCGUACAGCAGCCAGAGCAGUCUUGAUCCCGUCCACCGUGGACAUGCAGUUCGAUAA